AUGGACUUGGACGUCGACCCAACUCCUCCCACCACCACAACUGCAGUAAACACAACUGCAUCAAAUACCAUGGAUAACUCCACCACCGCCAUGGAUAUUGAUGUCAAGCCUCAACAAGAACCAACUCCUCUUCCCCAGCCUGUUCCUGUCCCCGUUCCUAUUGCUGCACCCCAGCCUAUGACGGAUUCAAAUAAUCCAGCACCUCAGGCCCCUUUGCUGGUGGCCGCCGCUGAAGAGUCUUCUGCUCCGGCUCCCGUGGCGCCGUUGCCUUCUCUUUCUCUGUUGCCGUCUCGGCCUUCAACACCGAGUGGUGAUCCUGUGUCGGCGGACCCUGGGGACACCGCUUAUCACUCGCCUACCGCGUCAGAGUAUGAACCUGACGAAAACUCCCCCCCUCCUCGUCCCCCCAUCAGAUCCAAAACUACACCAAAGACCCCAAAGACCCCGAAGAAUAAAAUCAACCGUGUCGCGACUGGCCGUGUUGAGAAAUCUUCCUCUCCCGGUGGCAGUUCGUCGGUUGGUACCACCACCCUCAAGUGCCCUGUCAGAGGUUGUGGUCAAACCUUCACUGGGCGAAACCCCCGCCAGAGUCUCUGGCAUCACCUCAAGUAUUACGCGACGCGUGGGUUGCCUGACAAGGAGGACUUCGAGAAGGCUCAUGGAGAAGCUCAUUCUUUGAUGAAGGAAGAAGCCGAACCAAAGGGUACCCCUGUGGAGCGUAACCGAAUUUCCAGUUCCGACUACCGCAAGAAGAACCCCGAGCGGGCGAAGACCUCCGCCAGGCUUUCCAACUUCCGCGCGCGCGCCAGGAAAAAGGGACUCACCAACGAAAAGGAGAUCGAAGAAAAGGUCAACAUGUGGGAAAAAGAGUGGCAAGAGAAGCAGGCGAAGGAAGCUAGCGAGUACUUCUCUGGCAUCCUCCUCUCUGCCUUUGAAUAA